AAACUCUCUGCAUCCGUUUGUAUCUCCACCCUCGCCCAUCUUGAGUCAGCUGUUCCCUCCACUGACGGGUGAAAACAUAUGGGAACAAUGAAGCCUUAAUCAGACCUGAGAUCAGCGCCUUCCGCCGCCUCAGUUUGAACGGAGCCAACCGGAGCAGCAGCAGCAGCAGCCAGGAGCCAUUCAGACCCUCCUCACCGCGGGAUGUGAGCGCUGCUCAGAGCCUCUCCACAAUAACGGAUGACCGCUGUGACUUUGAGAGGACCCGACAGAGACAGACCGGCUGCUGGGCCGUGAGACAGGAGCUUUUUCUGCGGUGUGAACUUUAGAGAAGUGAACCUGCUGCCUCUCCAGUCUUAAAGGAAGUUACAAGCUAGUGCUAGAAAGUGUCUCACUCAGCGUACGUUGGGCAGCUGCAGCGCGUGUGUGGGACACUUACCAGCCGUUUACACACACUAUGAGUUAGUUUAACUACCACACUGUUAGUUAAUGAGGAGGUAAUGGUUUAGAAAUUACGUGUAAACAGGUGCUGGGACUAUUUUUUCCUAAUGGGAGCCUCGGCAGUCUUGGGCGUGUCACUGCGCAGCCCUCCUCGGCUUUGUGUCUUUGGUCUGUGCCAUCCAUCUCAUCAUGGACAGCCUGCUGAGCGGGGCCAGUAAAGGGGCCGGUGCCCUUCAGUCAGCACAGACCUUUUCACGUCAUAGAUGCUACCGGCUGUCUUCGCCGCUCUAUGAUUGACUGUUAAGGAAACAAUAAAGCUUAAAUUCCUGUUAGUUUGGACAAAAGAGCCAUGCAUCCACUGCUGCCCCUCUGUGUCUUUUGGCUGCUGCCCCUGGCCUUGACACUGGAAGAAGGCUCGCCCCGUAGAUCUGUGCCCUACCAUAGGGACAACGCUCGUCUGUUUCAUGAGGAGGGAGUGUUCAACUACUCCACCAUGCUGUUAAGAGAAGAUCUGAACCUGCUGUUUCUGGGUGCCAAGGAGGCAGUGUAUGCUCUUGACCUCAAAGACAUCUCCAAGAAACUUGCUUCAGUUAAAUGGGAAGUGACGCAAAAGCAAGAAAAUAGCUGUAAAAACAAAGGAAAAGAUCCUGAGGCAGAUUGCAAGAACUACAUCAGGAUCCUGCAUCAGUUGGAGGAUAACAGGAUAUAUGUCUGUGGAACCAAUGCUUUUGAUCCUGAGUGUGAUUACAUGUCCUACGCAAACGGAAAGCUGACUCUUGAGAAGAAAGCCGAGGAUGGCAAAGGGAAGUGUCCAUUUGAUCCUUUCCAGAGAUAUGCCUCCAUCAUGGAUGAUAACAACCUAUAUUCAGCCACUUCAAUGAACUUCCUGGGCUCCGAACCCAUCCUGAUGCGCAGCUCUCCUGUGUCCAUACGCACUGAGUUCAAGAGCUCCUGGCUUAAUGAGCCUACCUUUGUUUCCAUGGCUCAGAUGCCAGAGAGUGAUUUGAGUAAUAUGGGAGACGAUGACAAGGUCUACCUGUUCUUCAGUGAGACGGCUGUGGAGUGCGACUGCUACAACAAACUGGUGGUCUCCCGUGUGGCUCGCGUCUGCAAGGGGGAUCUUGGAGGUGAAAGGACCUUGCAGAAGAAAUGGACAUCCUUCCUGAAGGCCAGAAUGGACUGUCCAGUGCUGGAGUCUCAGCUGCCGUUCAUUAUCCAGGACACUUACCGCUGGUGUGACCCUGAGAGGCACUGGAAGGAUUGUUUGUUCUAUGCCAUCUUCACACCACAGUCGGACACAUCAGACCUGUCUGCAGUGUGUGCGUACCGCGUGUCCAGCAUCAGCAGAGUGUUUGCAGAGGGGAAGUACAAGACCCCAGUCCCCGUAGAAACCUCUUUUGUUAAGUGGGUGAUGUAUAGCGGAGAUGUCCCCGUCCCUCGGCCCGGAGCUGUGAGUCUGCCCACUAUUCAGCGUGUGUUAGAAACAAAGGCCAAACCUCAAAAGUGUAUAGACAAUGCCGCUCGUAAAGCGGGCAUACAUCAGACUCUGGACCUCCCAGACCGGACCCUUCAAUUUAUCAAAGAUAGGCCCCUCAUGGACCAAGUUAUCCAGCCAAUAGGACAGAAGCCUCUACUGGUGCGAAGGGGAGCUACAUUCACUCGCAUCAUAGUCGACCAGGUGGAGGCAGCAGAUGGAGAGAGCUACCACGUGAUGUUCAUAGGCACAGAGGAUGGCACCAUGGUGAAGGCAAUGAACUACAACGGAGAGAUGUUCAUCAUAGAGGAAGUAAAACUCUUCCAGACCCCAGAGCCAAUCAAGAUUAUGAAAUUCUCUAAUGUCACGGGUCAGCUGUAUGCAGGCUCAGACUCCGGAGCAGCACAGAUCCCACUGGCCACCUGCGAGAGGUCCUUGUCCUGUAUGGACUGUGUCCUGUCCAGAGACCCGUACUGCGGCUGGGACGAAGUUGCUAAGAAAUGUGUUUUCUUUUCUGAUUCACAAAGGAAGCUGAUCCAAAGUGUGAAAGACGGAGACGCCUCCCUCUGCCCUGAUGCUGAUCCUGUGAAGCCGAUGAAUCGGACCAUCUGGCCUGGGGGAAGCCUGUAUCUCCCCUGCCCUCCACCCUCCAAUCUGGCACAAACCAGUUGGGAAUGGAAUGGCCGACCUCUGACCCCUUCGGCUCGCCUUCAGCUUGUACGAGACAAACUGAAUAUCCUCAACACCACAGACUCCGACGCCGGUCUGUACCGCUGCCAGUCUGUGGAGUCCUCCAAAGGUGUCGAGUACACAUCCACUGUGGCGGAGUACCAGGUGAGCAUGGCCACAGGACGUGGUGGGAAUGUGAUUAUUCCCAAGGCUCAGACGGCUGGCUCCUCUGGGGCUGGACUGCACGCCAUAGUCGGGCUCCUUUUAGUUGGUCUUGUUGCCCUUUUGGCUUGGAACUUUUACAAAGGCCACUUGCCGCUGCCCUGCAAGUGCGGGAAGAAGAAUGGAGAGCAAUCCCCAGAGACCCCUGAGCAGGGGGGUCCGACUGCCGGGCCUGCACAGGCGGAGGUCAAGCCCCUGGUGUCGGGAACAAACAACGGCAGUAAUAACAACCACACUGGAGGGGAGGCGGCUUUCAGUGCAGCCGAGGAAGAGGACGGCCCGAAAGUUAGUCUUCCAUCUCUGCAGUUUAUAGAUGACGAGUCAGAAAUUUGACAUUGACAAACCCGUUACUGUAUCCAGAUUCCCGUCCAGCGCCGCUUAAGUUUGAGAACUAAACGGGAAUGCGCCAAACUGUUUGUUUCGGGGCAGAACUACUAGAGUUGAAAUCUGAAAUUUAUGGGAAUAUGAACCACCCUGUGGUUGAACUUUGUUGCGAGAGACACACCAAAAGAUUCUUUAAGUUUUUUGUACGAGAGACACUUGAAUUUCUGCUUUACUUUUUAUUUUCACAUUUAAGUGUUUUAGCUUCAAACUAAUUGUCGUAAAUCCUGUUAUAGAUGAAAAUGUCUUGUAAAGAUUGGUAUGAUUUUCACAGGGAAUUUACAAUAACAGAAAAUGAGCCAUUUCAUUUCUAACCACUAGCUGCAAAGACUUUGUUUUAUUGAAUUAAAUCUUUUUUCUACCUGGA